ACCGAUAACCAAAAGAAAAAGAAAAAUGGGUUCCCUUCCUCACAUAGUCGAAGACUGCAUGGGCGUUCUCCAACUCUACAGCGACGGCACCGUCUCCCGCUCUGACAACAUCCACUUCCCUUUUCCUAUCACACUCGACACCUCCGUCGUCUUCCGCGACGUCCUCUACGACGCCUCUCACGCCCUCCACCUCCGCCUCUACAAGCCGCCAUCAUCAUCAUCGUCGUCAUCAUCAUCCCCAACAACUAACAAAAAACUCCCUAUUCUCUUCUUCUUUCACGGCGGCGGCUUCUGCGUCGGCUCCCGAUCUUGGCCCAACUCACACAAUUGCUGCGUUCGGCUCGCCCUAGGGCUAGACGCUCUGGUAAUCGCACCGGACUACCGUCUGGCGCCGGAGCACCGGCUGCCUGCGGCGGUGGAGGACGGAGUAAAAGCCAUCGAGUGGGUGAGAAAGGCGGGGAAAUUAGAUGAGUGGAUUGAGGAGAGUGGGGAUUUGAAAAGGGUAUUUGUGAUGGGAGAUUCCUCGGGAGGGAACAUUGCUCAUCAUUUGGCCGUGAGAAUUGGAAUCGAGAAUGAGAAAUUUGGAGUUCGAGGUUUUGUUUUAAUGGCCCCGUUCUUCGGCGGAGUUCGGAGAACCAAAUCGGAGGAAGGACCGGCCGAACAACUUUUCGAUUUGGAAGCGCUUGACAGGUUUUGGAGGCUAUCAUUACCAAUAGGAGAAGAUAGAGACCAUCCAUUAGCAAACCCAUUUGGGGCAUCAAGCAUGAGUCUUGAAGAAGUGAAAUUAGAGCCAAUUUUGGUGAUAGUUGGUGGAGAUGAAAUGCUUAAGGAUAGAGCGGAAAACUAUGCAAAAACACUUUCACAAUUGGGAAAGAGAAUAGAGUAUGUGGAAUUUGAGGGGAAACAACAUGGCUUCUUCACUAAUUCUCAAGAUCCUCAAUUGGGUCAUCAAGUCAUUGCCAUUAUCAAAAAAUUUAUGCUUCAUAACUCUGUUUGAAUAAUGAAUUCCAAAAUAAUUUUCAAUCUCUCACACUUACAAUAAUAUAUUUUUAGGGGCUGUUUUUUUUUUCUUUUUCUUUUUGUUGCAAAGUUUGUUGUGUGUGUUUUAGGGUUUGGAGUUAAUUAGUUGUCUUGAGUUCUUUCUAAUUUUGUAUUUGUUUCAUUUAAGUUUGAGUUUACAACGUGUUUUAGAACUAUGUAAUUGAUAUUGUGAGGAGAUGAAAAUAUAAUAUAUACCAGUAUUCAACACGUA